AAUACGGACUGUUUUGGGUGUUUCAUAAUUUCUUGUCCGUCGAGUGAAAUUAUAACACAAUCGUUUGUUGUUGCCAAUAGCCCCUUCGAUCUUUUUAAUGGACGACAUGGAGCAGAAAGAAACAGAAGUAACGGCUCCGUCAGUUAUUGACCGUUACUACACACGUUGGUACAGAGCGGAUAUGAAAGGGAAACCGUGUGAAGACCACUGCAUCCUGCAACAUUCAAACAGGAUAUGUGUCGUGACUUUAGCAGAGACUCACCCGAUCCUUCAGAAUGGACGGACAGUUAAAACCAUCAAUUACCAGAUCAGUAACAGCUGCAGUCGGCUGAACAACAAAGUCUGUGGGAAAUCCAAGCGGGGGGGGCAGUUCCUCACUGAUUUCGCACCUCUUUGUAGGAUCACCUGCACAGACGACACUGAAUACACAAUAUACAGCUGCAUCCGUGGGCGCCUCCUAGAGGUCAACGAGAGUAUUUUAGAAACGCCUGCGCUGCUGCUGGAGAAGGUCAUGUGUUUAAAUCUUGGAACAGCCAGCCACGGAAGGAUACAUCGCAGUCAUCCUGCCAAAGUUCGAGGAGAGCAAGAGCAUCACGGAGAAGCUGCUGAGCAGAGAGCAGUUUGAAGACGUCGUCUCCAAGCGGAGCGUCCUCCAGCCUCUCCCCAGCUGAUGGAACGUCGCAUUCUGUUCGGGUCGGAGCUGUUCUCUCACGUCCCCCGCCAGGUUGAGUGAGGACACGGAGCACGCGACAGAGUGACCCUUACACGUGAUUCCUGCUAAAGGACGUGUAAAUGUGGACACUUGUGCGUCGUACACGCAUCCAGCGUCGCGCUGUGCCUUUAGGUUUUUAAUUUAGUUUUUUGUUUGUUUAUAGAAAUUGUACAGUCACAGAGUGUUAUUACUAUGUUGUUCCUAAUUUCAGGUUUCAGGGAAGUACUUUCUAGAUUUGCUGAUAUCCAAUCAGGUCCAUAAGUAUUUGGACAGCUGUACAAUUUGUGUACCUGUGGACACCACAAUAGAUUUGAAAUUGAACUGAAACUGAAGAUGUGCUUGUAAUGUUCAUUUUUCCCCCUGUUAAAAUUAAUUCAAAGGAUUAAAAAAAAUAAAUAAAUUUACCAUCUAAGAAUCUGACCCUCCAUUUUCAGAGGCCAUAAGUAAUUGGACAAACUAAAUGUAGAGAUUAUUGUUUGUACAAAAUCAGUUUUACAGCUAGUUUAGUUGAGGCAGUAUUCUGGUCUUCACUGAUAUUGAUCUUUCAAAAAUACAAACUAAAUCAGUCUGGGGUAGGCAGAAAGAAGUGACAGUUCAAGGAGAUGAGUGAGGGAAGUCACCAAGACAUCAAUGACAACUUUGAAGGAGUUACAGGCUUCUGUGUGAAACAGUGUGUCGUGUAACUUUCAGUGAUCUGGUAAUGUUCAUGUAUCCAUCCCAAUUUGUCUCAAUAAAACUGGCUGUUAAAGUGAUCAUUUUUACAAUAAUGUUUUAGUUUCGCUAAUUACGUAUAGUAGUGUUCAGAAUAAUAGUAGUGCUAUGUGACCAAAAAGAUUAAUCCAGGUUUUGAGUAUAUUUCUUAUUGUUACAUGGGAAA